AUCGCAUAAUGAUCGUCCAAAAAUUACGACGGUAUUUCAGAAACGAACACAUUUGCAAUAACUUUUAGUUUGGCAGUAGUAACUUUUACCAAUACCACUUUGGUUUUCGGAUAAUGAUAAAAAUAUGUAAAGCAGAUAAAGGAUGUGUGUAAAUUAUAUUAUAAGUCAGAUUGAGAUGGCAAGCAUUAUCUAAAAAUCUGGAAAAUUAGGACAUGAUUCAAGCCUAAAUUGUCCCAAUAAUAAAGUUUAACCAAUAUUAAACCACGCAGGCUUGAAUGUACUCGUAUGUUAUGAGUUUAAAUCUAAUUUUGAGCUUCGUUUUAUAAUAAGAGUCUUAUGAGUCGUAAAUACCGCGAAGCCAAGUAUAAAGAUACAGCAGCAACAUUAAUUUACGAUAGCCAUACCGGAUAUCGUCCAUGAAAUCCAAAUUUUAUUAGCGUAACAGCUGAUAUAAAAAGCCAAAGUUUACUAAAGCACAAGGAAACACCGAUGAAAAACCUUUGCAAUUUUCCUGGCAAAUCACACUAACCGUUAAUGAGUUUAUAAGACUACAAUACGAAACGCCCAGUCGUAAAUUGAAGGUCGACUUUGAACAGCGAUAAAAAAGUUUAAUGGUAGCAAUUCCCGGUUGUCGUACAAGCGCUUCGACGCUGCUCGACUGGCACCGACGUCGCUACACAUCGAUUGGCCCGCCGCUGCAGCAGUCGCCACGAUGAGCCCUGCAAGUUAACACACCCCAAAACAUUUUUGUUUACUUUAUUAGAUAGAUGACUUAAUAUGUCCGCGAAGGUGCACAGCAAGAAAUGGAUCAGCGAAGAGACUUCGGAGGAGGAGGAAGCCUUCAGCCAUGGCAGGGAGAUGGAAGCGAUCUGUUAUGCUGUCACCAAAGUCAUUUUGGACUUGGAUAACAAAUGGAAAGGCUCCUUGAGUAAAAGCACCAGCCAUACCUUAUCCAAUCGUAGCUAUAUUAUGGAGUUAGUCAAUAUACAGGUACUAGAUCAAAUAAUAGAAUAUCUAUCGAAGUUAGUGAAGUCAUUUUACAAAUUGAACCCGAAGUUGGCAAGGUUGAAACGAGACAAUGGCCUGGUGGAAAGUAAACACGAGCACGCGUUCGACCAGCUGUGCGGGUCCCGGUUCAUCAUGCUGCAGGCUGUUAGUGGGCUCAUCACGACGAUACUUAGCACGUGCCUGCAUAGGGAGGACUCUAGGAAAAUGAUUGAAUGCUGUUUGAGCUUAGUAUCAAUAUACAAUCACCUGAUUGGGCUGAGUUCGAAAAAGUUCGCAGCCAAAUUCAACGUGUGCAGCAAUACCUACCCAAGCACAAUCAGCGAAACUAAAAACAUCACUCUAACUAAAAUAGUUCAAAUUCUUGCCAAAAGUCGCGUAGAAAUCAACUGCCACCGACUAAUAAACUGCCUGGUAAAAGUGUAUAAGCCCGAAGAUAAUUCUGAUAAUGAAUCGAGCUCAAGCACAGCUGAAAGCUUGGAAAUCUACCACACCUUAACAAAACACAUCACCCCGCCAACCUCCACGAUAUCCCGGGAGAUGACAGUCGAGAAACGCCGGGAGGCCUUCAUAGAGAACAAGAAAGCGAAAAUGAAGCAAGCACAGAGCUUGAUUGAAGUUAAGAACAAACAGAACAAGAAGUUGAGCGAUAUACUUAACGCGCAGAACUCCGAUUGUGAUAUCACGUACGCGUCUCUGCUGACCAACGAAUGUGUUUUGGAACACAUUUUUAGUAAUGAAGAAAACGUAAAUGGCAUUCUGCAAAGCGAGGAGAUGUAUAUAGAAAUUCUACUGGACACAGUAGCUAACAUGUCUGCACCAUUACUUGGUACUAAUGGAACUAGAAAGCUAAAGUCAGGUCGCAUUCAAGCCAGCAAAAAAGCUGCUCAUAAAGUAACAGAAUAUUACCAAAACAUACUUUGGGGCGAUGUGGGCAGCUGCCUAGAGCAUAUUCUUCUCUGGUGGUCGUCGUAUCCUUUAGCAAUAAGAUCUCCAAACACCAGUCAAAAUCUACGUGAAUGGUUAUUUGGCACGUUCAACGUUCAUAAUACACCCGAAUUGAUUUUAUCUGCGUUGAGGAUACUGGCCGAUGCUUUAGGAUGUCACGUCACAACCACGUCUUGGGAUAAACAUUUCGGAGCCACAUUGACGACCAAUCUAACAGCAACUUCGCUCAAACUGCAUCCCGAAUUAUCGCUGUAUGUUACUGAGAGCACGGUUUCGGGAUCAAACUUCGCGUUGAUGCUGCAUGAAUUAGUAACCCUCAACAACCAGUGCGAGGUCACGUGGGACUACAUACUCGGCGCUCCGAUAGAAGACCUGCCCAUUGUUGAACAGAUACCCAUACUGCAUAGACUGGACCACUCCAUCCACACGUACCGGCUAUGGUGCUUAGCAGAAACACGGCGGCUGGCCGGACUGUGGGCAGUAGACGACUUCUUCCGCGUGGCGCACAACGACAUGCGCGCCUGCAUGGAGCAGCUGCUCGGGCUGCGCUUCGCCGACCACGGCGCCGCCAUCGAGGCGGGUAAAAUUGGAGUUCACGAAAACGUGUGCGCAAAAAUGAGGGAAAAAUUGGUUUCUGAAGUAAAAGUUAACAUACAGAAAUUGAAGGAAGCGACAGAGGAGAUAGUAUUCGUGCUGUCUUCAGUUUGCGCGACUACGAGUCUAGCGCACCUCACGAUGAUCUUCCCGCGGCCGGCCGCCUGGCGCCGCGUCACGCACCCGCCGCGGCUGGAUCACUCCAUCUACGUGCACGAGUUCCUAAAUAAAAUGCUACUGCCAGUUAUCAAGGCGACUGACGACAUAACGACUUUGAAUAUGGUGCUAAGAAUAAUGUGUGAAUCGUGGCUGCAUCACAUAUACGUAGCCAAAGUUAGAUUUAGUCAUAACUUUUCUUUCAGUAAAGAAGCAGCAGCGCAACUACUGGCAGACUUCAACGAAGUGCGUAACUGGUUGAACGACUGCAACCCGCUGUCAAAUUUAGCCAAGAAACAAAUGCUUCAAAACGAAGUCCUCAGGCGGUGCGAAGGUGUGGGUCGGUUACUGCUACACGCUCCUGGCGACCUCAUCUCCAUGCAAGACUCCACUAUGCAGGCCUCUCAGCAUGUGCGAAAAGACGACAAAGAAAACGACUCACCCGAGCAGCUAAUGCCGGCAGAGAUGUACGUUCCAAACCAGAAGCAAUGGCUGACGUUACGCGCAGGGCGCUUGAGCGGCCCGCUUGCACUCACUUGCUGCGUGGCUCUCAGUUGAUAAAUACACUAUUCUUAUACA